AACGUGACGCUAAUCUCGCUUACUGCAUUUGCAUGUGCCAAUCCCACUGCCCAUAACCCUCCGGCACACACUACUAAACCCACGCGCGCUGCGCUCCAUUCAGUUGCAGAAAAUCAAGGAAGAAAUAGAGAGAGGGAGAAGCAGCCGCGCGCCAGAUCUCUAUCCUGCUUAUCUCUCGCCAAUUGAACCCCACGGUUUCAGCGUCACAGACCAAUCAAAUCCUUCCAUGGCAAUGAAAGAUCCGGCUGUGCUCAAUCCCGUCAACGCUCUCGUCACCUUAGAGAACAAGAGGGAUACAUAUGGUUUUGCAGUGAGACCUCAACACGUGCAAAGGUACCGAGAAUAUGCCAACAUCUAUAAGGAGGAAGAGGAAGAAAGAUCAGAUAGGUGGAAUACUUUCUUGGAAUGUCAAGCAGAGUCUGCCCAAUUGCCUGUGAAUGGAUUAUCUUCACAUAUAGAAAACAAGCCAUUGCAUGCUGAAUCUGUGGAGGUAGAGGCAGUUGAUAACUUGGUAAAAGAUGUUGAGGGAUAUAAUUUAAAUAGUAAAGAGUGUGAUACUGAUUUAUACCCUAAAAAUGGUUCAGAGGUGGUGCUACAGUCCAAUGCAGAGAAAAAAACUCACAGGGUCCAGUUAUGGACCGAGAUUAGACCGUCGCUUCGAGCCAUUGAAGAUAUGAUGAGCAUCCGUGUGAAGAAGAAGGGAAAUUUAUCUAAAGGAAAGCAAGGUAAUCAUGGAAUGAAACCACUAUCUACUUUUGAAGAUGCUAGAUCUGCAAGAGGAGCAUCUGAGGAGGACUCGGAGGAUGAAUUUUACGAUGUGGAGAGGUCAGAUCCAAUUCAGGAUGCUGCUUCAAAUGACAAUUUAAGUAUUUCUGCUUCAGCUGUUACUGCUGCUGAUGCAGUCCCCUUGGGAUCUUUGUUUCCUUGGAAAGAAGAGUUGGAUGUUCUUGUUCGUGGAGGAGUGCCCAUGGCUCUUAGGGGGGAGCUUUGGCAGGCCUUUGUCGGUGUGAAGGCACGUCGAGAUGAGAAGUAUUACCAUGAUCUUCUUACUCCGGAAACUGAUUCCUUUACUAAAGUUGAGCAACCUACCUUGCAGUCAGAAGGUGAUAAUAAGGGCUCAGCUACAGACUCUGCAUGUGUGCCUGAGAAAUGGAAAGUGCAGAUUGAGAAGGACUUGCCUCGGACCUUCCCAGGUCAUCCCUGUUUGGAUGAUGAUGGUAGGAAUGCCUUGAGGCGGUUGCUUACUGCCUAUGCUAGACACAAUCCCUCAGUUGGGUACUGUCAGGCUAUGAAUUUCUUUGCUGGCUUAUUACUACUGCUGAUGCCUGAAGAAAACGCCUUUUGGGCAUUGAUGGGCAUUAUUGAUGAAUACUUUGAUGGCUACUACUCAGAAAAGAUGAUAGAACAUCAGGUUGACCAACUUGUUUUUGAGGAUUUGGUGCGCGAGAGAUUUCCUAAACUUGUCAAUCAUCUUGAUUACCUGGGAGUACAAGUGGGAUGGGUUACUGGACCGUGGUUCCUUUCCAUAUUUACAAACAAACUUCCAUGGGAAAGUGUUCUUCGAGUCUGGGAUGUGCUUCUGUUUGAAGGAAACCGUGUCAUGCUAUUUAGAACAGCUCUUGCAUUAAUGGAGUUAUAUGGUCCUGCAUUGGUUACAACUAAGGAUGCUGGAGAUGCAGUUACUUUGUUACAGUCAUUAGCCGGCUCAACCUUUGACAGCAGUCAGCUAGUGUUGACUGCUUGUAUGGGUUACCAAAAUGUAACUGAGACCAGAUUAUCCGAGUUAAGAGAGAAACAUCGGCCAGCAGUUAUAGCUGCAAUGGAGGAGAGAUCAAAGGGGCUUCAAGCAGGGAGGGAUUCUCAAGAGACGAGUGGUGAUUUAUCUCGGUCAGAGUCAGGAUCUACUAACACAGAUGUUGUUCUUAUGAGCCUGACAGGGGAUGGGGAGAUGGACUCUGUCCCAGAUCUUCAAGACCAGGUGGUGUGGUUAAAGGUUGAGUUGUGCAAAUUGCUGGAGGAGAAGAGAUCAGCUGAACUAAGAGCUGAGGAGCUGGAGAUGGCUUUGAUGGAGAUGGUGAAGCAGGAUAAUCGACGGCAACUGAGUGCUCGGGUUGAGCAGUUAGAGGAGGAAGUUAUUGAACUUCGAAGGGCCCUUGCUGAUAAGCAAGAGCAAGAAAAUGCCAUGCUUCAGGUCUUAAUGCGAGUAGAGCAUGAGCAGAAGGUUACAGAAGAUGCUCGCAGAUUUGCUGAGGACGACGCAGCGGCUCAACGAUGUGUUGUUCAAGUGCUCGAGAAUAAAUAUGAAGAGGCCCUUGCUUCACUUGCUGAAAUGGAGAAAAGAGCAGUUAUGGCAGAAUCGAUGUUGGAAGCUACAUUGCAGUAUCAAUCUGGCCAACUUAAAGCACAACCAUCUCCCCGAUCUUUGCAUUCCAAUUCUUCCUCAAUAGACAGCAAUCAAGAUGUCACGCAAGACCCGCCUACAAGAAAAAUUAGCUUGCUAGCUCGACCAUUUGGACUUGGCUGGCGUGACAGAAACAAGCAGGGCAGCCCCGCCAAGGUAGACGAGCCAAGCAACAACAGUUGUUCUAACGAGCAACAGAGUCAUACAGUUGAGCAAAAAGAUGCUAAUGGCAUUCAAGUAGAAGACAAGGAGUAGAGAAUUUCAAGGCUGUCUUCCCCUUGCAUUUCCUUUCUUCACCUUCAACCUUUGAAUGUUGUUGGGUUGGAGGAUGUUUUUUCUGUACCUAUGUGAGUUCAUUGAUUAGUUAUUUGUAUGUAAAUUUUGGACAUAGUGAAGAAGGUAGAGCUAAUAUCCAUUUAUUGUUUGUUCAUUAUGUUGUAAUAAUGAAUGAUAGAAUAGAAGAAAAGUAGAAUGUAAGAAACAUGAGAUCAAGGGUAAAACAAUUGUAUAAUCUUUGCAUCCGCUGGAUACAUAAGCCACUCGGCCUCUGGGAAUCCUUGGUUUUCUUAGUUAUUAUUUUCCACUAGAGUUUUUCUUGUUACUUGAUGUAUUAUAAAAGGCCUUGUAUAAUUUGGGGUUGGCUUUCUAGUUCCCUAUCCUUGUGUGCUGAUGCUUAAUUGUA